CCCCCCGGGGCGCCGGCCGGAGCGGGGAGCCGCGGGGAGCGGGACUCGGCGCUGGCCGCCUGCCGGCCGCGCCCCGGCCGAGCAUGCACUGAUCCGCUGCCUCGCCUCGAGCCUGUCCCGUCCGCCGGGAGCGCGUUGCAUGGUGUGGGGAUACACGGUCUCGAUAAUAAAUGAUAGAGGAUACAAUGACUUUGCUGUCUCUGCUGGGUCGGAUCAUGCGUUACUUCUUGCUCAGACCGGAGACCCUGUUCUUGCUGUGCAUCAGCCUGGCUCUGUGGAGUUAUUUCUUCCACACGGAUGAGGUGAAAACCAUUGUUAAGUCCAGCAGGGAUGCGGUGAAGAUGGUGAAGGGCAAGGUGGCCGAGAUCAUGCAGAAUGACAGGCUCGGGGGGCUGGACGUGCUGGAUGCCGAGUUCUCCAAGACCUGGGAGUUCAAGAGCCACAACGUGGCUGUCUAUUCCAUCCAAGGCCGGAGGGAUCACAUGGAGGACAGGUUCGAAGUAAUCACCGACCUGGUGAACAAGACUCAUCCCUCCAUCUUCGGGAUAUUUGAUGGGCACGGAGGAGAGGCAACAGCAGAGUAUGUGAAGUCCCGCCUGCCCGAAGUCCUGAAACAACAUCUUCAGGACUAUGAGAGGGACAAGGAGAACAGUGUGAUGUCCUAUCAGACUAUCCUGGAACAGCAGAUUUUAUCAAUUGACCGAGAAAUGCUGGAAAAAUUGACUGUAUCCUAUGACGAAGCAGGCACAACUUGUUUGAUCGCCUUGCUGUCAGACAAAGAGCUCACUGUGGCCAACGUUGGUGAUUCGCGAGGCGUGCUGUGCGACAAGGACGGGAAUGCCAUCCCCCUGUCACACGACCACAAGCCCUACCAGCUGAAAGAGAGGAAGAGGAUUAAAAGAGCCGGUGGAUUUAUCAGCUUCAACGGCUCCUGGCGCGUUCAGGGCAUCCUGGCCAUGUCCCGCUCCUUAGGAGAUUACCCUCUGAAGAACCUGAACGUUGUCAUUCCUGACCCCGAUAUUCUCACCUUUGACCUGGACAAACUGCAGCCAGAGUUCAUGAUCCUGGCAUCUGAUGGUCUGUGGGAUGCCUUCAGCAACGAGGAAGCCGUGCGAUUCAUCAAGGAACGCUUGGAUGAGCCACACUUUGGAGCCAAGAGUAUAGUUCUACAGUCAUUCUACAGAGGGUGUCCCGAUAACAUAACAGUGAUGGUGGUGAAGUUCAGGAAUAGCAGCAAAACAGAAGAACAGUAAUUACCAGUGGUUCUUUGCCUCGCCGAACUUAAAACAAACUCUUACAUUUUAAACAUAGUGGAAAGCUCUAGUAAAUCCCAUUAAGAUUCCACACAGAACAGAUUCCUCCGGGCUUUGUUCUUUGCUUAACAAAAGGAGCAAUACAACAAAUACAUUCUGUGUGAUGAUAAGAAUUAAGUUUCUUCACAAGCACCUGUCUCCUGUGACCUUGCUGCUCCUUAGAAGCCAACUGUAAUCUUUCAUUUCAGAAUUUCCUUUACAAAUCCCAUGUAUGCUUUUCAUUUCUCACCUCUCCUUUCUAAAAGGGGUUCGUUCAGACACACGGCAGGGUCAGGGCAGAACUGCUGCUUAAUAGCAACGAUAGGAAUGAUGUUGCUUUUUCACUCGUAGGUGUGACUGUGUUUCAGAACAAUGCUCUAAUGUUUCUCAUCUCUUUUUUAAUCUGUGCUGAUAAGGUCGUGUUGGAAAAGCUUGUAGUUGUUGGUCUGUUAUGAAGGAGGGAAAGGAGCCAACUGCCAGUCUGUUAUCACAGAACUGGCUCUCACACCUUGUUUUUUCCACCCUCAAUUAAACAAAUCCCUGCCAAGCAUGUGGUCAGGUAUAGCUACUGAAUUACCUGCAGACAGGUUUAUUCAGCCUGUGCAUUCCUUUAAUAACGUUUAUUCUAUGCCAUGUUGUAAUGUUAAGCUCCAUCAAAAUACUCCAAAGUCUGUCACCUUCUUUAUCAAAAAAAUAGCUCUCUCGUGAUAGAAGAAUGAGUGCCAUUCACUGGGACUCCUUCCUGUUAGGUUCCUGGCAUGGACUUUUCACAGUCAAGUAAGAAAACAAUGCAAGAUAAAAUUAAUUUCAUUAGUAUUUGCAAAACUAAUCAGAGCAGAGUGCUCUAUAGAGCUGCCUAGAUGGAAGCCAUGGCUACGAAAUCUUUGUACCGCUGCAGAUUAAUUUGUGGUUUUAAUCUGGGGGAAGACCACUGUAGGACUGAUUUUUGGCAUGGUGUAUAAAUGCCAGACAGUGUAAUUGCACUGUUCAGUUGAAAGCUUGUGAUAAAUCUAGAUAAAAAUAUUUUUUUAUCUAACUUUCAAUAUUUAAUUAUACUUUGGAAUCUGUGACUGUUGUCUAAGCUGUGCAUCUGAUAACUCAGUUGGCUGCUUCACAAGCAAGUGGCAGCAGUGCUGGUGUACAGGACGUGUUUCAGAGGAACACGUCAGGGCUGAGGUAGAUGGUAAUAUUUUGGGUGGCUUGCUUCCCUGUAUUACAUCCCCUGGGAUUCCUUCCCUUCAAAGCGUGGUCCUCUGGAUGAUCUGCUGAUCUCUUGUCCGCAGGGUAGUGGAGGCUCUCAGUCCUUGGGCCCUGAGCUAAAGCAGGGCUGUCACGUGGCAACUGACGCUGUCUGUUUCUUGAAGAUACACAAUCAAUUAGAUGAAAAACUGCCUUGUGCUUAUCACCCACCGGGAGUGUUUUCUGAGAAGGGGGCUUGCUGGUCUCAAAUGCUCUCAUCUGCUGUGGUUGUGCUGGGCAGGUAUGAUAUCUCUCAAGACAGAAAUGAAAGAGCACAAAUUCUGCUUUCCACUCAAGAAAGAAUUCUCAUCGUAAGCCUUUUCAGUUUGAUUUCUAGAUGAUCUCUUCCCUAACAACCUUCCUUUCUUUAGUUUGUUUGGGGAUCUUAGUGACAAGGGCACUGACGGCGCCCUUCCAAUUGUGUACAUGUCCUUACAUGUCUACAUUCUCUCCUUCAAAACUGUGAGUAGGAUUUUUGGGCUCUGAGUAAUGGUUAAUGCAUGCCAGUGAGCAACAGCAGCAAGAAAGCUUGCAGCGUGCUCUGAUACCCCCCUGCACUGCCCUCCCCAGAGGAUGGAAGGUUUCAGAUGUUUUUAAUCGCUUGAACAGGACGGACAGCAUUCAGUUAAUUUUAAAUGCAAUUGUGCAGUUAAAUGGAGAGGGUAACAAACGCUAAUAAUUGCAGACUGCUUCGGUUAUUUAAUUUUGAAAUAAGUAUUUGAGGUCAAAUGUUGCAAAAUGAGAACCUUGUGUGGUAUUUUCAUGGGAGUGCUUCAUCAUGGACUCAGUAAUGCUGCAGCAGCAGUAUCAAAACUGUGCUCUGGGCAGAGCUCACGGUGCGUGUAGCAUUUGCCUUUCCUUUCUCCUUCACAGAUGAUGUUUCUGUUGCACUGGCUUUUCUUUGUAGAACAGAGACUGGAUGUUUGUCAAACAGCUGCCCAGGGAAAAGAAGAAUUAGAUGUAGCAGUUCACAGAAGGCUAAAGCUGAGAAGUUUGUACAGCUGCUACAAAUCCUUCACAGGCAUUUGAGAAGUUGGAAGCAGAACAAUGGUCAGCUCCAAGAAAGAAAUGACAGACUAAUGCCACUUCAGAGGAAAGAUUCUGGCUGCCAGUAAACCUCUCUGCAGCUCACGUUCUCAAGUUAUCAAGUAUUGCUGAGGAAUUGCAGACCUUCUCUGGAGCACGGCUAGCCCUCUGCUUGCUCUAUUGAGAUGGAUGGGAAGAGGAGGUGAUGGGAAAUGUGUGUGUUCACAGACUGGCAGCUGCCAUGAGGAAGCUGUGGGACAGUGGCACAGUCUGAGAGUAAAGUGGGCUCCUGCAUGGCUUGCUGAAAGGGUUUAAGAAAACCCAGAGUACAGUACAAAAGUGUUUUGCAGACUUCAUUCAUUCACAUGGCCACCCAGUCAGUUACUGGAACAGCCCUAUUUCUACCUUUGAGUGUUUGCAGUUGCAACGGCAGCCAAUGUAGCACUUUUAAUUUUCUCUGCAACACUCCCACCUCUUUGGUAGCUCCCUUUUCUGGCUGAAGGUGUUCAGGCCAAUGACCUCUCGUAAGGCCAAAGCUACUUUAGGGCAUGGUGGUGAUGGGUUGAUGGUGGGACUAGCUGAUCCUAGAGGACUUUUCCCACCUUUACUGAGUCCAUGAUUCUAUACUUACAGCUACUUUAGGUUUAAAGAGAUGAAGGACUAAUGAAGAUAACAGGCUUUGUGCAUCAAAGAUGAAGGACUAAUGAAGAUGACAGGCUUUGUGCAUCUUCCUCACAUGCAGUGCCUACCCAUGUUACUCAUUAGAGGUCUUCUAAGAAGCUUGCUAAUCUGGUUCUAAGUUUCCAGUCAUGCUGAUUUGUGCCAAAUUCUGUUGUGUCACAUACAGCUGUUGGGUGACAAGAUAAGCUAAUGCACACAGUGCUGUACAGCCUGACAGAUCCCCCACUGCUCUGAUAUAUCCCAUCUAUCCUAUGUGCUACAUCUGGAAAGAAAUAUCCCCAGUGUCAGAGCUGUGCAACAGAACGUGUUCCAGCAUUGCAGAGGUAGCAAUUUCCACGCUCCAUCCAGUGCUGCUUUCCUGCCUAGGCUCCUGCCCAAAGAAGGGAUGCACAUUUUGGUUACAUCUCAGAGCUCCCUGAUUCCUGUGUUUGUAAAAGUCUUGUGAUGGUUAAGCCAGAGUAGGUCCAUCGGUGUCAUCUGUUCUUCAAGCAGGUGCUGAUAUAUUAAACUGCUGUCAAAGAGCAUCUUUUAUAAGGUCCGAUCCGAAAUAAAGAGCUUAGGCUCUUAGUGCCACUGUAAACAUCAGUGUAGCCCUGUGAUAGAGAUGCUGCCAUGUCGUGUGGAUGACGUACUGGUACGGCCUUAGAAAGGCUGCUCCUCCCGGCAGCGGCAGGGCUUCCAGCGCGGCCAUUGGCGCUCCCGCAGCGGACGGAAUGCCAGCCGUGGUCUCACAGCGCCGCCCAGCGGCAGGGAUCAGCGGUGAGCCCUGCUGGGCUGCUCUGCUCCGGUAGCGCGUUUGGAAAACGUGAUGUCGGAGUGCGUUGUGCCUUGAGCACAUGUGCGCUGUGAGGUUAAUGCGGACCGUCCUCCCAGCUGCUAAAGCAGCACAGAAAAACACGUGCAGCCAUAGGCAUAGCUAACAAAUGCGGGCAUUUGGUUGCUGAAACUGUGUGAAGCAGCCUGGCAUACCAUAACCAUGCCCUGCAUCCCCUGCCAGCUACUGACUUGUGAACAGAAGGUCAGUACCAAAACUACUGCUAUUACAGCAUGAUGCCUUUUACAUGCAGUAGAAUGAAAGUUGUGCAGAUUUUUGAGUACAGAAGGUCGUUAACUUAAACACCACGUCAGCCUGAAGUAACAGUGCUUGCUGCAUUACAUCACCUCAGAAUAUACGACACCCUGGCUUUAUAUACUAUGAAUCUAUCGCUAGUGUCUCUAAUAAUCACUUGAUAUAGAGAAACAUUUAGUGAAGGCUUAUAUCAAAGUAAAAACCCAGCUCGUCAGCUUGCAUUCUAGGCAGUAAGUUUUUAGGCCUCUAUCCUGCAGUCUGGCCAUACAAAACUGUGAGAUUAGAAGUAAGGAAAUUCUGCUGAAGUUUGACAACCAUUCAGACCAGAGCUGCUGCCCCUCAGUGCUGUCCAUGUGUAACUUACCUUUCUAAAUCCAUGGAGUCAUAUCCAAUGCUACCUAAUAAGAUAUUCACAAUUAAGUCUGUAUUGAUUUGAAUUUUAGUUACCUUUAUUUAUAUAGUACCAACAGGCUUGGGUAAGCAGCAGCUUUAAAUCCAGUUUUGCCCUAGGUAGCAGUGUCCUGGGCAUCAGUUUGUCUCUGGUUAUACAGAUGUUUUAGAUGUAUUUUGCUCUGUUAAGCAAAACGUGUGCUGCCAAAGCAGUUGAAGUUUGUCUAAAGCCAUAAAUAGAAGGUUAAGUCAAGAGCAAAUCUUAACUAACGUUUUGAAAUCCACGUUUAUGAGCAGGUCGGCUCCUAUAUCUGACAGUAAGGAUGAACUCUAAACUGGUUGAGCAAUAGGGAAAUGAAGCACUUGGUCCUGCACACAAAGGAUUAGCUGUGUCUGAAGCCUGUGGGGACAGUUAGCACUUCUUGGGACAAAGAUGCUCAGCAUUCCACUUCAGCCUGUAUUCCAGCAAGCUAAACAAGCCAUCAGUUUCAGUGUUACAGAGAUGUAGAUGUGGGACUGUCAAACAUUGCUCUGUGCAUUGCACUGUAGUCAGGGGUGUGAGAGUACUGCAGGUGCACUUUAACUGCAUGAGCUUUAAUCCUGGAAACAAUAACUGUCAUGAAGUCGGGCUGGACAGGCUGGCAGUCAAAUUCCUGCUCAGCACCCCAGCAAGCAAGGCUGUGCAAAUGCCUCCUCCACUGAUAGACUGUGACUGCAAAACCACUGCUACCCACAGUGCUUGGAAGUGCUCUCAAAGAACAACAAACUAAUUAGGAAAAUGAACUGCACAUGAGGAUUCUGUAAGGGCAGUGCAGAUGUUUCUUAGAGAAAAGCCUACAGAGCAGAACAUGCAAGAUAAGAAAAUCACAAUGUUUAAGCAAUUUGUCUUAGUGAAGGCAGCUUCCAUUGAGUGUAACAGUGCUGUUUUAUCUUAGAGGAGAGCCUCUUCAGGCUUCUUUUUAACAUUUUUUCUCUGAAAGCCAGAAGUGUUCUUAAGAUUACAUCUUCACUGCAAGGAGACUGCACUUUCCUCUUGCUUUAAGGACCACCACAACCAAAGCAUUACUGAGAGGAGCAGACAGGGCUUCAGGCUGUCGUCCCAGUCAGGCUGCAGGCUGGGAUGCACACAGCAGCCACACGCCAUCGUCACUCACUAUAAAAAAACUUUGUCCAGGUCAUCGGGAUUAAUGCGGCCUGGAAAAUUAAUGAGCUGCGUAGCAACUGUCAGAAGGCUGGAGGUAAACAGCGCUUAGAGACAGAAACUGUCCCAGCAGAGGUCACCUGGGGUGAACUCUGUGUUUUAAAGGCUUGUUUGACUGGAGGACAACGAAGUCCCAGAGCCCCAGCACUGCAGGUGGCCAGAGAGCCUGCUUUGGCACGGCUUGGACUAGAUGAUCUCUGGAGGUCCCUUCCAGCCCCUACAGUUCUGUGAGUCUGGGUGACUCUGUGAAACUGUGCUAUAAAACACAUUUCCUCCUACGAGUUGCAGGUUUGUAUGGACUAGCUGAGAAUCAUGUAACAGCAUUUCAAGGAGAGAAACUACUGAGAAAGCAAUUUUUAGAAACCCAGUAUGUGGACAGGGGGAAGGGGUGAGUUCUGUUUGCUUCUUACAAGCUUAGGUUUCCUUAGAGUAAGGACUCAGUUACACAUAACCAAGAAACAAACUAUCUGCCUCACUUCAUUUGAACUCUGCUUUCCUUCUUACACGGAGCACAUUUGGGCAUGGCAAAGCACAGCAACUGCAUUAAAACUCUCUGCAGUCUAUGAACAUCAUCUCUUACCCCAACACCUCUGCCUUAAGCAGGCUGUAGACAAAGCAGCCCAAAUGGCACACGCCAGUCAAAAAAUAGAGAUGAGAAACAGGGAGUAGAGCUCUGCCUCCCAAAUGCCCUUGGCGUGUCUCACAUAUCUGGCAGACAGAUCAGGAAUUCAGUGUCGCAGCCUGAUUAACCUCCAGUCAGUUUCUAGUUUAAUUUGAAAGAAAUAGGAUAAAUUUACAUUAUUUUAAUGUGCAUCCAGAUCACAGAAUCACAGAAUCACAGAAUUGUAGGGGUUGGAAGGGACCUCCAGAGAUCAUCGAGUCCAACCCCCCUGCCAAAGCAGGUUCCCUACAGUAGGUCGCACAGGUAGCACAGAUGUUGAGCUCCUUACUGCUAAGACACUUCAAUGCAAGUUCACUGUAACUAGACAAUGUAAAACAUAGAUGUUUCAAACUAAGUCUUAAUGCUGAAGUGACUACAGAGAAUAAGGCCUCUGAAUCUGCAGCACUGCUUCCUGACUUAAUUGAACAGCACCUUGAACCAUUUUGACUUACAGACUCCUAUGGACGCUGCACAGGAUUGGCACUGUACCGUAAGCUCCUCUUGCUAUGCACCCAGAAGCAGCUUCCAAACAUCUUUGUCCAACCAAUUAUUCCACUUUUCAAGAUAGAAAGCCCCCAGUUUUCAUAUUAAAAUCACAGUUCCUUGGAAUCCUUCUUGAAUGUGGUUGAGACUUGCGUGCGUAAGACUCUUAGGAUGUGGAAAAAAUUUAGCCUAUAGUUUGUGAUUCAUUUUCAGUAAACUGCUCUAAGCAGAUGCUAUGAAAUUUGCACCCACCGCUGACUAAAAUACUGACAUGACUCCCCAAUGGUAGCUUUUUUUACCUCUUGCAUGGCAGCUCACACCAGACUCUCCCAGUAGUUGCUUUAAGCAGACGUGUGACCUUCGUUAUGCAUUAUUACAGUCCUUUGAGCAAUAAUAAGGUUGGGUUCAAAUAUGAUUUGUAUCUGGGAAUGAGUUUUUACAGAAAACUCGAGCACAGAUUCAGUAAUGCUUUACAGCGCAACUUUCUUGCAGAAUUGAUGUCAUCUGAAGUUACAGUGUCAGGUGGCAUAAGAGAUGGCCAUUACAAACCUGCAUCUGAGAAAGCAGAAGCCCUGUAGCCUGUGAGCAGCGCUGUUGUUCUGGAGGACCAACAUGACAGUGCUGGCUUGGUGACACGCACACUUUUCCUGCAGUGCUGUGCAGCCAUUUCUCCACCACAGGCGUUUUGCUCUCACCAGGAGCGCUGUCUGCUCUCCCUACCCAGCUGCUGAAUGCUGCACAGUCUUUCACAGUCACAUUCUUUUUGAAGAAGCAAUACAAACUGUGCUGUGGUGCCAGUGCUCUUGUGAGAAACCAUUUAUUUCUAAGCAUGUAACAUGGCAGGUGUAAAAGCAAAACAAGAAGGCUUUUUUAUUUCCACGUAGAAACAACCAACAAACAGUUCACAUUGCUAACAGAGCUCCCUGGAGCUGAGCACAGUGCUACCAACCGUGGAGCCCAAACCCAGAGGAACAGCUGCAGCUUCCUCUGCUUCAGGAGCCACCCGGCAUUCUUUCCUCAGUUGUGCAAUACUGUAUCUUUAGCUAUUAGUUUAACAGCAGCAACAAACUCCCAUUUGGAAAAACUUUGACCUUCUUGGCAAACAUUCUUAGAACCCUGAAGUACUUGUGUAGACAAUAUUCUCUCCGAGACAUCAUUUUUGUAUUUCAAAAAGUAAUGUCCUAUAACUCCACUGUAAAACCAUGUACAGUUACAGAAAAGACAGAAGUCAAUACUGACCAUUACCACAAUGUAACAAAAGCAUUGGUGAAACCUCAGCCUGGGUACUGGAGGUUUCUGCACCUCUUCUAAUUUGUCUCUAAGAGACUAUCUGAAAGACAGCCAAAUGUAAAUACGUCGUAACGUUAGCUGGAGAACAAAAGGUGGCAGUGCUCUGUCAUUCUAGAUGUACAGGAUGUAACUACAGUAUCUUCACUGUGUAGUAGAUGUGUCUAGGAUAAUUGUUCAUGCAAUUGCAAAUUCUGUAUUGCUGUCAAUUAAAAGUGUAAACUACUGAAACCUUGGCCUUGCUGGUAUGAAUAAAGUGGUUAAAAUACCCAUCUUUACAGA